UCAGUUUCCAAGGCGACUUCAGGCGAUCACCACGGUAUUCAAUCACAAGAAGUAUUCAAGUUAAAAAAUUCAUAACGUUUUUUUGAACUAUUCGGAAAAGUAUUAACCAUUCAUUCAAUAGCAUACUUUAACAUCGCCCGUGUGUUUCAAGCAUGUCUGAUUAUUUUGAUUUCGAUUACGAUGAUGAAUAUGAUCUAUUCGACUACGAUGAUGAUAUUGAUCAUAUCGAUCAUAUCGAUCUAUUCGAUUACGAAGAUAAUGAUAUAUUCGAGGAGUUGGAGAACAGAUCGUCUUACUCAUCGAACAGAUCGAAUAAUUCUCGGCCUUUUGAAUAUCUGAUUUGCCUUGAUUUUGAAGCAACGUGCUGGGAACAAGACAUGAAUGUUCGUAUAAGGGAACAAAAACAAGAAAUAAUCGAGUUCGGCGCUGUGUUGGUCAACCUUCGUAGCGGUGCAGUUGAAUCCGAGUUUCAUGAAUAUGUGCGGCCAACAAAUCAGCCGAUUCUUUCCGCAUACUGCACGAAUUUGACUGGUAUUACUCAGGCAUUGGUAAAUCGCCAACAACCAUUUCCGGUUGUUUAUCGAAAGUUCGAUAAUUGGUUGACUGGAAUCCGCACUGCAAAGCAAUUAAGAUUUGCAACACCAAGUAUGCGAACUGGAAAUCAUCGCAACACCACAUUUUGCUCGUGGACGAAUUGGGAUUUGGGAAACUUUUUCAAAUGGGACUGUGCGCGCCAUGGAAUACAGCGGCCAGAUUACUUAAGGGCGUGGAUCGAUGGUCGAAAGAUUUUCAAGAACAAGUUUCCAUGUGAACAGAUCAAUUUCGAACAAGCUUUGCGACAAUUGAAUGUCCCUCGCACUGGCAAUGCACACUCGGCAAUUGAUGACGCAAAAACGUUGGCUAAAUUGAUGAAUCGCUUGAAUGAAAGAGGUGCACGAAUUUGCGAAGCGACAACCUACCAUUUUUCUGCUUGAGUGAGAAAUAUAUAUUGUCAUGGCGUCAUGAAGAAAAAUAAUUUUAAAAACUAUAAAAACAUUCAUUCCUCUCGAAAUCAUAAAUUACUUUAAAAGAAUGUUAAAUUAUCAAAAUAAUCCAUGAAAAAGAUUCAAACAAAACUUUAACACUUUUAUUCGUCCGAAUCAGAGUUUCUAAGUAACAAACAAAAUACGAUCAACGCUAUUGUGGAUUUCCUUUGGUUUCCAAUAUUUUGAUCAAAAUACCAAUUUCAAGUCAGAAUUCUAUUAAAUUUAAAUAAAUACAUGAUUUCAACAAUUAUUAUGAUUAAAAUAAAAAUAAAUGUUGUAUAAAACUGUUGAGUGUCUUGAGCAAAGUAUCAAAAUGAUUCAAAUGGAACUUUGAUAGCAAAAACAUAAAUUAAGCGAAUUAUCAUUUUACAACAACAUUGAAUUGUCAAAAUAAUUCACAAAAUAGUCUUAAACCAUUUU